AUGUUGACGGAGGAAGACGGCCUCGCAGGUUCCCAGGCUGCCAACCUUCUUCGAGGCCUGCCUACCUACCAUGUCAAAGAAAAAGACUUGGAAAAGAACUUCUUCGAAGUCGACGCCGACAACCCGACCCCUCUUCUCGAAUAUUUUUCUGCGAUGCUCCGCCAGGGGAACCUCGAACCCAAUGAGGCGCAGAAGGAACUAAUGGGCAAAUUGCAGGUUCUCAUGGAUGACAUCGAGGCAUUUAACUUGAAGUCAGGCGAUCCGUUUGACCCCAUGACGGCGCGACCUCCAGGCGCGCCUCCGACGCUUUCGUCUCCAAGCAAGGCAGCCCCUACUUCUUCUCUGGAGGCGAAGGAGGAAAUCCCGCUUCGGAUUCACCCUGAGAUCCGAGGGCUGUACAUCUACGGAGGCGUAGGUCAAGGCAAGACGAUGAUCAUGGAUGCGUUCUACGACUGCCUCAAAAUCAAACAUAAAAUGCGAAUUCACUUUCACCAAUUCAUGGUGGAAGUCCAAGAGAAGCUUCACCGUGUAAAGUCGCAGCGACGCUUCGAAGAUCCGCUUUUUGAAGUCGCGAAGCAGGUUCGGUCUCAGGCGCAGGUUUUGUGCUUUGACGAAUUUCAGGUUGUUCAUAUCACAGACGCGAUGAUCCUCAAGCGCCUUUUCGAGUUCCUCUUUUCCUUCGGAGCAAUCGUCGUGGCGACGUCCAACCGACCGCCGGCAGAUCUCUACAAAGGCGGUUUGAACCGCCAGCGGUUUCUGCCUUUCAUCGACCUCCUCGUGGACUGCUGCGAUGUCUUCCACAUUGAAACGCACAAAGACUACCGGCUGAGCAAAAUGGCUGCCAAUUCACACGGGUUGUACUUCGUGCCUGCGAGGCCUCAGGAGGAAAUCCUCAAGCAGCUGCUCAGCUUGACUCAGGGCGAACAACCUGAACCUGGAGUCGUCCAAGUAGCCAUGGGACGAGAACUUCAGGUGCCGAUGAUGGCGAAGGGUGUAGCGCAGUUUGCCUUCUCGGAUCUGUGCGAGGCGUCUCUGGGGACUCCGGACUUUCUGGCGAUCGCCCGGAACUUCCACACGCUCUUCCUGAGCCGCAUUCCGGAUCUGAUCGACAUGGAGCAGUACCCGAACGAAAUCCGAAGAUUCAUCGACCUGAUCGACGUCCUAUACGAGAAGCACGUUCGGGUGAUUUUCGACGCAGCGGCGCCUCCCUUUCGCUUGCUGGGCAUCACUGCCACGACAGCCCACUUCGAGGAAUUGCGCCAGGCAAUUCAAAAGAAAUUCCCAACCGUCCAGGCCUUCUUCGUGGCCAUGAAACCGUUUCUUGUGAGAGAGACAGGCAGCAGGGACGCCGCCGAGAUCACCCAGGCCAAGUGGAUUGAAGGCGCUGGGGAUGUCGUUGGAGUCUCCCCGAAGACUGCCGAGCACGUCUUUGCGAAGAUAGAUGUCCAGAAAAAGCGCGUUUUGCCCCUCGAAGCGAUUCGGUCUGGGCUGUACUUCCACAUGCUGAAUUUCGACGUAAAACGCCCGACAGAUAAGGACGAAUUUCUCUUCCAGGACCGGCCUGCGACUCUCGGCACCCCCCAGACAGUCGGCUACGAGCUGUUCAACGAGGGAGGUUCGUCGGGUGCUCAAGACGUUCAGUUCGCUUACGUCAGAACCAUCUCGCGAAUUCGCGACAUGAUCUCGACCAGCUACUUGGAAGACCAUCAAAAAAUCUUCAAGUUGCAAGAUCUCCGUUUGUUUGGUGUUCCUACGCCUUCAGCGUGA